AUGGCAGCCACUAAACUUGCAACUCUUGGGUUCGUUUUCCUCUUGGGUGUUGGAUUAGCCAAUGCUGUGAGGGUAGCUAGAUACUCGGGGUCCCAAGGAAUUGGCAGUGGAGAAGGAAGGGGUGGUGGUGAUGUGGAUGGCAUUGGCUCAGGGUCCGGGGCUGGGACGGGGUCUAGCCAGAGUAGUGCGAGUAGUGGUGCUAGCUCACGCAGUGGAGGCGGCGGUGGAGGUGGUGGGAGUAGCCAGUCUAGUGGAGCCGGAAAUGGUCGAGGAGCAGGCCAGGGCUCAAGCUCUAGCACGUAUAGUGAUGGAAUUAGUGGUGGCGGCUCUUCUAGCGCAGUUGGUGCUGGCCGUGGUGCUGGCCAAGGAAAAGCCGGAGGUGGUUAUGGAUCCAGUGGGCAUGGAUACGGCGGUGGCACUGGCUCCGGCUCUAGCUGGGCUACUAACGUCCUUGGUGGACCAACUCUAGCAUCUGCCAACGCUGAAGGCCACGGUGGUGCCAUGGGAACGGGAGAAAACGGUGGGAGCGGCGAUGGCCAAGGCUUGGGAUCUGGCAAUGCUGAUGCACACCCGUAA